AAAAAAGGGGAGAAAAUGCUAUUGAAAUUGUGAAAUUAUUACUUGUUGAUAUCAUCUUCUUAUUCGUUCCUCGUCGGAGAAAUCAGAAAUGCCUCGAAAUACGAACGGAAACAGACACCAAGGCGGAGAAGAUGAGGGCGGAUUACUGUGGAAUCUUCCAGUUCUUAAAUCUUCCAGAUUCGGAAAGUUAGGUCCCGCCUUCGGUCUCGGCGUUGGUUGUGGCGUCGGCUUUGGCAUCGGCCUCGUCGGAGGUGCUGGAUUUGGUCCAGGAAUUCCUGGCUUACAACUGGGCUUUGGUCUUGGUGCUGGAUGUGGAGUUGGCUUAGGAUUUGGCUAUGGUGUUGGCAGGGGUAUUGCCCAAGAUGACAAACGGAGAUACUCUAACGUUGGGGAUCUGUUACAUGGUCAUCAAAGUAUUUUUCCUCAGAAGGACGAUAUUGUCGCGCUUGUUGACGAACUUGUCCUAAAUUCAAAGAGGCUUAUCCGAGCUACUUCAAGGGAGAUUGACAAGUGGAAACGAUGAAAUUACUUAUCCUGUUUUUACAAUGUACAAGUCCAAUCCCCGCCACCCAUCAUUAGAAAGAAACCCAAUCAAAAUCAUAGAAGAAAGAAACACGCUGGCUGUCUAUAUGGUGCUAUUACUGUGGCUUUUUGAGGUAGAAUUUAUGUACAAUUGUUACGAAAGAUGUAUUUAAUUGCUCUAAAUCUCAUGUGCAGUGGGUUUUGAGCAGCCAUUAAAUAUCGAAUACUUGAUGGAUUAGUUUAGUUGGUCAGUGGGUUUUGAGCAGCCAUUAAAUAUCGAAUACUUGAUGGAUUAGUUUAGUUGGUCUUUAGAAGCUUGAUCAUGUCCAUACAGCUGAUAUAUCCAUGGAUAUAUCAAUAAAAUAUCGAUAUUAAUGAAUAUUUCUGUGAGUCAGAAAUUUAUAAAUUUUAUUUAGAUUAAGAAUUAAGUUGUUUUUACCCUUAAA